UAAGUAGGCCAGGUCAGCCCGCAGCUGCGAUAGGUCGAGGUGCCCGCCCGUCGAAACGCGGCCCCGCCCCCUCGGGGAGGGACUUAAAGGGCCGGCUCCUCCGUCGGUUGCGGGAUGCCCCUUUGCUGACCGCCCCUGGCCCGCGCCGGCCCGCAUAGACUCGCCUGGCCUGACCCCGCGCCAUCAUGUAAACGGCGGCGGCAGGCGGACGCUGGCUUCUCCGCCUGGGACCCCUCUGCCCAGCCCCGGGCCCCGGAGCCCUCGAUGAGGACACACCAUGCUGACCGGGGUGACCGACGGGAUCUUCUGCUGCCUCCUGGGGGCGCCCCCCAACGCCGUGGGGCCGCUGGAGAGCGUCGAGUCCAGCGACGGCUACACCUUCGUGGAAGUCAAGCCCGGCCGCGUGUUGCGCGUGAAGCACGCCGGACCCGCACCGGCCCCCACCCCGCCUCCACCGUCCCCAUCGCGGGAUGCCGCCCAAGGGGACCGAUCGGGCUUGGUCCGCUGCCAACGUCGGAUCACCGUGUACCGCAAUGGGCGGCUGCUGGUGGAAAACCUUGGCCGGGCACCCCGAGCUGACCUCCUGCACGGGCAGAAUGGCUCUGGGGAGCCGCCGGCCGCCCUGGAGGUGGAGCUGGCCGACCCGGCGGGCAGUGAUGGCCGCUCGGCCCCAGGCAGCGCCGGCAGUGGAAGUGGCGGACGGCGGAGGCGAACCCGGCGCCCCAAGAGGACCAUCCACAUUGACUGCGAGAAAAGCAUCACCAGUUGCAAAGGCGCGCAGGCCGACGUGGUGCUGUUCUUCAUCCACGGGGUGGGCGGCUCUCUAGCCAUCUGGAAGGAACAGCUGGACUUCUUUGUGCGCCUGGGCUACGAGGUGGUGGCGCCCGACCUGGCGGGCCACGGGGCCAGCACAGCGCCGCAGGUGGCCGCCGCCUACACCUUCUAUGCCCUGGCGGAGGACAUGCGGGCCAUCUUCAAGCGCUAUGCCAAGAAAAGAAACGUGCUCAUUGGACACUCCUAUGGCGUCUCCUUCUGCACAUUCCUGGCGCACGAGUACCCGGACCUGGUCCACAAGGUUAUCAUGAUCAACGGGGGAGGCCCCACGGCGCUGGAGCCCAGCUUCUGCUCCAUCUUCAAUAUGCCCACCUGCGUCCUCCACUGCCUGUCGCCCUGCCUGGCCUGGAGCUUCCUCAAGGCCGGCUUUGCCCGCCAAGGAGCCAAAGAGAAGCAGUUGCUGAAGGAGGGCAACGCGUUCAACGUGUCUUCCUUCGUGCUGCGGGCCAUGAUGAGCGGCCAGUACUGGCCCGAGGGCGACGAGGUGUACCACGCGGAGCUCACGGUGCCCGUCCUGCUCGUCCACGGCAUGCACGACAAGUUCGUACCAGUGGAGGAAGACCAGCGCAUGGCCGAGAUCCUGCUCCUGGCCUUCCUGAAGCUCAUCGAUGAAGGCAGCCACAUGGUGAUGUUAGAGUGUCCAGAGACCGUCAACACGCUGCUGCACGAGUUCCUGCUCUGGGAGCCCGAGCCCUCGCCCAGGGCUCUGCCCGAGCCCCUACCGGCGCCUCCGGAGGAGAAGAAGUAGCCACCGGGCCGCCAGGGCAUUGCUUGGUGAGCAGAGCUGCAGGACGAGGAGACCGGGGAGAGCUCGCGUCUGGUCUGCAGCGCGGACCGCCUGGGCGGGGCCGUUCGCUCUGGUGGGCGUGGUCAAGUCAGGGACACGCCCCCAGGCCGGCUGGGCAGGGCGUGGCAUCGGAGGGAGCCAGGUGCACUCUGAGCUCUCUGCUUUCGUCCUGCGGCGCCAUCAGUUCGAGUUCGGGGCCGCAGCCAGGACCCCCGCGGAGGAUGACCUUGUACAGAAGUCCCCUGCCUACCCUCCCCUCAACUCCAUGGCCGAGGAAGGCCCCUCACCCUACGCUCUCUAUCUUCCGUGUCAGCUGUGCUUAAUCCUGGGAUCACGGAGCCCCGCAGGGACUCCGAGGCCCAUUCCAUUGCCCAAGACCUCACUCCCCCCGCCCCCAUUCCUCGGCGCUGGGAGCUAUUGUUGCCCAAGGGGGGAGGGAUGGGGGGAGCUGACGCCACCGAAUCUGCACAUCUCAACCUUGUAACUCAAUAAAAAAAAAAGACAAUCGGAA